AAACAAAAUAAAAUCACAACCUUACAUUGCUCUACCUCCCCCCUCCCAAAAAAAGAAUGAAACUUCAACUCCAUUUUCAACACUCUAAUCUUCCAUUACUCAUUCAACUCAAGAACAAAUCACCCAUUAAAAAACCAAGAUUUUCAUAUGGGAAAAGAGAAAUUUACCAGAUAGCUGCAGAAAAAAGAAACACAGUGAAGCCAUUAGCUCUGGAAAUCUUGCCCAAAUCCAAGAAAUUCUCAAGUACUGAAAUUUCCAAGGAAAGAUCAAAUCGUUUGGUAUUGGGAGUUGUAUCUGUUGGUGUAGUAGUGUUUUUAAUGGGUUUUGAUGAUAAAUAUCAGGCAUUAGCUUUGGGUCCUGAAGGUCCAUUAAUGGAGGAAUUCUGGGAUAAUAUGAGGAGAUAUGGUCUUUAUGCAUUGACAGUCAGUACUGGAGUUCUUUGGGCUGUUUUCCAACCUAUUUAUGAACUUUUGAAGAACCCCAUUUCUGCUAUAUUAAUCUUGACUAUUAUGGGAGUAAGUUUUUACAUUGUUUCUCAAGUGGUCUCAGCUAUGGUUGGUAUUACUGAUUUUAGUUAUGAUUAUAACUAUUAGAUUUGAGUUUUGUUUAUGUAUAAAGAGGGAUUUUCCUUCAGUAUGUUUAUGUCUGUUUGUCUACUUUCUUGAUAGUUCACUGUUGAGAGUCAUAUUUAUGAGUUUAAUUUCAGUUUAAUAUGCUUCAUUAUUUGA